UAUUUAUGCGCCCUCCUCUUCUCUCCUCGCCAGCCCAGCCCACCCAACCUCCGAUCCAUCUCUCCCUUUCUUCUUCCUCUCGCAACACAUCACACGCAGAACAACCACGAGUACGUCCAUCUCGAGUGAGCGAGCGAGCCGGGCCAUGGCGGAGGGUGCCGGCGCCAAGGAGAAAGAGAAAAAGGGGGAGAAUGGCACCGGCGACGAGGGGAGCGAGAGGGCGAACAAGAAGCAGCAGCAGAAGAAAGAAGACGGCGACGGUGGGAAGAAGAAAGAAGCGGCGCCCGUGGUGCUCGGGGUGGACCUGCACUGCGACGGCUGCGCCCGCAAGGUCGUCAAGGCCGUCAAGGCGGCGCAGGGUGUGGAGGGCGUGGCGGCGGACGUGGCCGCCGGCAUGGUGACGGUGAGCGGCAAGGCCGUCGACCCCUGGGACAUCAAGGACCGCGUCGAGGCCAGGACGCACAAGCCCGUCGCCUUCGUCUCCCCGCCCAACCCACCCAACCCCAAGAAGAAGAAGGACGGCGGCGACACCACCGCCGAGGGCAAGAAGUGUCCGGCCGGCGACGGCAAGGGCGCCAAGGCCGCCGGCGAUGACAAGAAGAAGAACAACAACAAGGAGGGUCCGGAGUCGACGGUGGUGGUGAAGAUCGGGCUCCACUGCAACGGCUGCAUUGACCGGAUCAGGCGGACCGCGCACAAGAUCGAAGGCGUGAAGGAGGUGAAGGUGGACACGGCCAAGGAGCACGUGACGGUGCAGGGCACCAUGGACGCCAAGGCCCUCCCCGACGUGCUCCGGCGCAAGCUCCGGAGGGACGUCGACGUCGUGCCCCCGCCAGCGCCCAAGAACAAGGACGGCGGCGACAAGAAGAAGCAGCAGCAGAAGGACGGUGGCGAGGUCGCCGGGGAGCAGCAGCAGCAGGGACAAGGAGGAGGCGGUGGCAAGAAGAAGAACAAGAACAAGAACAAGCAAGGGGAAGAAGAGGCCGGCGGCGCUGCGGUGGUGGCGGAGCAGGCGUUCCCGAUGGCGAUGAUGUACGGCGGCGUGGGCGGCGGAGGAGGGGGAGUGGUAACAGGGGGCUGGACGACGUCGUACCGGGUGGAGAUGCUGCACGCGCCGCAGCUGUUCAGCGACGAGAACCCCAACGCCUGCGCCGUCAUGUGAUGUGAUGUGAAGGGAAGAUGCAUGUGUUUGUGUGUGUUGCACGUAUGCAUGUGCGUUAGUGGUACAUUCCUACUUAGUCGUGGUGGUACAGUAGCAAGUAGCCAGCUAUCAGCUAUGCCUAUAUAUUACGUACGUAUUGGUGGACCGGGCGCAUGCAUGUAUGCACGUAAGGACUAUGGCAAAAUAUAAGACGUACUGUUGCAGUAUA